AUCAUCUGUCAGUCCGAGUUUUCCUUCACUUACGCUCUAAGCUUAAUUUCUAGCAUUUAUCUAUUUUAGAAUCAAACAUAUUUUGUAAAAUAAUAAGGAAGUGUUAAUUAUGGCUUCUAGUGAGACAUCAGAUCAGAAUGUGAAAUCUCGGCGGCCCGCAGAAUCCGCAUUUAAGCAGCAGCGACUGCCUGCUUGGCAGCCCAUACUUACUGCUGGAACCGUAUUACCGACGUUUUUCGUCAUUGGCAUUGCAUUUAUUCCUGUUGGGAUAGGACUCUUGUACUUCUCAGAUGAGGUCAAAGAGCAUGUAAUAGACUACACGUAUUGUACCAGAGAGCAUGAUGAGAGCAAUACAACAUGUGCCGACUACAUACAGAAUAAGACUAUGACAGAAUGCGCGUGCUCCAUAUCGUUCAAUCUUACCGAGGACUUUAAGGGAGAUGUGUAUUUCUACUACGGGCUUAGCAACUAUUACCAGAAUCACCGGCGAUAUGUUAAAUCAAGAGACGACAACCAGCUGCUAGGGCGUCUGUCAUUAACUCCAUCGUCGGACUGCGAGCCCUUCGCCUACGUCACCGAGAAUCCCAACACGGCCAACGCCAGGAAGAUACCCGUGGCGCCGUGCGGGGCCAUAGCCAACUCUCUGUUCAACGAUACGCUGACGGUGUGGUCUGAGGAUCUCGGCCGGAAUGUGCCCGUGAGUCGUACGGGUAUCGCUUGGGACUCCGACAAGACCAUCAAGUUCCGCAACCCGCCCGGGGACCUCAAGACUGCGUUUGCCAACUUCAGCAAGCCGGCGAAUUGGGCCAAGAACAUCUGGGAGUUGGACUUGGAAGACAAAAAUAACAACGGUUUUCAGAAUGAGGACCUAAUCGUAUGGAUGCGCACAGCGGCUCUGCCCACCUUCCGCAAGCUGUACCGGCGCGUCAAGCACGACGAACAGGGCUUCGCCACCGGCCUAGUCAAGGGGCUGUACACUCUCAGGGUGGAAUACAGAUACCCCGUGAUCGAGUUCGACGGCAGCAAAACGUUCAUAAUCUCAACCACAUCCCUCCUCGGCGGCAAGAACCCUUUCCUAGGAGUCGCCUACAUCGUAGUGGGAACACUAUGCCUACUACUGGGCAUAGUACUGCUCGUUAUACAUGUGCGGUGCUCUAAGAGCACAACCGAGAUGAUCAACGUGAACCCCCGAACACCGUACUCCUAAACGAUGACGUCACAGGUAACAGGAUUCCGUCUCUAUCUACCGAAUGGUGCCAGAGUGGGACGAAUGUCUUUCAUCACAGGCCUUUAGGUCUAGUAAUUGACUGGCCGGUCGACGAUAUCAGUAAUAAAAUAAGUGUAAGACCAUGUUUUUCACUAGUGUAACGGCUCAGCCACGACAAUGGCCUAAGCGCGACAGCGGUGAGCGGCGUCCAUACAUUGGAGCGAGACACAGCGAUGAGACUUUUCAUUCGCACGUAUGGCUGCCGCUCACCGCUGUCGCGCUUAGACCAAUGUCGUGGCUGGGCCGUAAGGCGUGAGUGCACGCUCGCAUUUGGCGUGCAGCGGAGCGGGGCGUGCGACGUGCAUGUCAAACAGUUGAAGCUCAUAAAAGUGUCCUGACUCGACGCUGCCUGCCGCGUGCACAAGGGCGGAUCCGCCCCGACGCACACCCCGCCGACCGAGCGUUCACUCUGGCCUUACACUUAGGAUCACAGACCAACCCCUAUAGACAUCCAUUACAAGACGACUCGCGGUCGCCAGCCUUCCUAGUAUUUGCACUGAUAUAAGCGCGGGCGCUCGCCGUGCCCGAUCAGUAGCGACCAAGUAACAGACCCGAAAGCAGCGCGUGUUUUUCGCAGUAAAAAAAUUGAAAAAGGGUAAAUACCCUUUUUCAAUUUUUUUACCUUACCUUGACAUCAAAAUUGAUGUCUUAAAGAUGUCCACCUGUAGUGUGAAAUGGUGUGGAAAGGUAACAAGAAGCUC